AAAAAAUAUUGAAAGAAAAUCGUCCCUAAAUCGAGAUCGGAUGAAAUUAAAGUUAUAUAGAUGACGUGCUAUACUGCUAUCUGACUAUCUGAGUAUCGGCUGGAGUUAUAAUUGAUCCGUAAACCUAAGCUAAUUCAGCCAGAUCAGAGGCUGAAACGCGACACCUACGGCUCCGGCAUACCCUUAUCGCGACUAACGCGACCGCGGCUCUGGCGUCGAGUUGCAGGUCAUGAAUUCAUACCUUCAUCGUUGGACGGCGUUAGCGAGCAGAGCAGUAGACCGGCGUUCGAGAGAGCAAAGGGGUCAGACCGCGUUCGAGAGGGCAGAGAGGGUCGAACGUCAUCGAUGGAGUCGCCCAGCGAGUUUGAAUCACCCAGAGACCAUUUUCCAGCCAGCAAUUUCAGUCACCGAGCAUCAUCACAGUUUGAGCCAUUUAGUCCGUUGGUUGGGAGAGAAGGCUGGAGAUCGAUUUAGCAGUUUAAAUUUAUCCAGUGAUUCGUCAGAGGGUAAAAUGCAGGGCAUCCUACUUUCCUUGCAUAGGGUUGACGGGGAUCUUUAUCAGAGAUAUGAUAUUUUCUUCAAGCUAGAGAUCAAAUGUGGACUCGUUGGACAUCAUUCUUUCUGGAAAUAGCAAAUCAUGUCAAAGACGCCGGAUGAAGGGAACUUUUUAAGAUCAUGAUUUUGUUGAUGCUGGAUUUGGUCUUUUUAUGUAAAAAUAUUUUUAAUGCUUAACACAUUUGGAAUGUUAGUAAACAACUUUGAAUGAUGACUUUUACUCAUUGGAUGUUGAGCUUGUGCUUUGAUUGAUUCAAUGUUAAAGGAGUCAAAGUGUGUUAUUUGUAGUUAUCAUGGUGGAACGUUUGGUGUAGAGAAUGAUAAUUGCAUGAAUGGAUACUGGUUUUAUAAA